CGCACACGCAGUCCCGCCCCUGCAGAGAUCGGCGCUGGGACGGAACCCGGGUUCCUCUCAAACCCGGAAUGUGAGGCUUCGGCCCGGUUGUCUGCUGCUCCCUGUCCCGCUCUCUACCCGCGCCUGCGUCUGCUGCCGCUUCCCUGCAGCUCGCCCCCUAGGAGCCAGGGCUGCAGUGCCCCUCUACCGUGUGCCCGCGUGGCUGCCACCGCCCCUCCGAAUCCUCCGGGGCCGCAGAGGAGUUCGCUACGGAGGGAGGCGGGGGCCUUCGGGAGGAGGAGGCGGAGGAGGCGGAGGAGGGAAGGAAGAUGGCGGCCGUGGAACUAGAGUGGAUCCCAGAGACUCUGUACAACACCGCCAUCUCCGCUGUCGUGGACAACUACAUCCGCUCCCGCCGAGACAUCCGCUCCUUGCCCGAGAACAUCCAGUUUGAUGUUUACUAUAAGCUUUACCAACAGGGACGUUUAUGUCAACUGGGCAGUGAAUUUUGUGAGUUGGAAGUUUUUGCUAAAGUAUUGAGAGCUUUGGAUAAAAGACAUUUGCUUCAUCAUUGUUUUCAGGCUUUGAUGGAUCAUGGUGUUAAAGUUGCUUCAGUCUUGGCCUACUCGUUUAGUAGACGGUGCUCUUACAUAGCAGAAUCUGAUGCUGCAGUAAAGGAAAAAGCCAUUCAGGUUGGCUUUGUUUUAGGUGGUUUUCUUUCAGAUGCAGGCUGGUACAGUGAUGCUGAGAAAGUUUUUCUGUCUUGCCUUCAAUUGUGUACCUUACAUGAUGAGAUGCUUCAUUGGUUUCGUGCAGUAGAAUGUUGUGUGAGGUUGCUUCAUGUGCGAAAUGGAAACUGCAAAUAUCAUUUGGGUGAAGAAACAUUCAAGUUAGCUCAGACAUAUAUGGAUAAACUCUCAAAACAUGGCCAGCAAGCAAACAAAGCUGCACUCUAUGGGGAACUGUGUGCACUCCUGUUUGCAAAAAGUCAUUAUGAUGAGGCAUACAAAUGGUGCAUUGAAGCAAUGAAAGAGAUUACAGCAGGCUUACCAGUUAAAGUUGUGGUUGAUGUUUUGAGACAAGCAUCUAAGGCUUGUGUAGUAAAACGUGAAUUUAAGAAGGCAGAACAGUUAAUUAAACAUGCAGUGUAUUUGGCACGGGAUCAUUUUGGAUCCAAACACCCAAAAUAUUCUGAUACACUGCUAGAUUAUGGGUUCUACUUACUCAAUGUAGAUAAUAUCUGUCAGUCUGUUGCAAUUUAUCAGGCAGCCCUUGAUAUUCGACAGUCAGUGUUUGGUGGCAAAAAUAUCCAUGUAGCAACUGCACAUGAAGACUUGGCUUAUUCUUCUUAUGUUCACCAGUAUAGCUCUGGAAAAUUUGACAAUGCACUAUUUCAUGCAGAAAGAGCUAUUGGUAUCAUUACCCACAUCCUACCUGAAGAUCAUCUUCUUUUGGCUUCCUCAAAGAGGGUGAAAGCACUUAUUUUAGAGGAAAUUGCUAUUGACUGUCAUAAUAAGGAAACUGAACAGAGGCUGCUUCAAGAAGCUCAUGAUUUGCACCUGUCUUCACUUCAACUAGCUAAAAAAGCUUUUGGGGAAUUUAAUGUACAGACUGCAAAACACUAUGGUAACCUUGGAAGACUUUAUCAGUCAAUGAGAAAAUUUAAGGAAGCUGAAGAAAUGCACAUUAAAGCAAUUCAGAUUAAAGAGCAACUUCUUGGUCAAGAAGAUUAUGAAGUAGCCCUUUCAGUGGGACAUCUGGCUUCUUUGUAUAAUUAUGACAUGAAUCAGUAUGAAAAUGCUGAGAAACUUUAUUUGCGAUCUAUAGCAAUUGGGAAGAAACUUUUUGGUGAAGGCUACAGUGGACUAGAAUAUGAUUACCGAGGUCUCAUUAAACUUUACAACUCCAUUGGAAAUUAUGAGAAAGUGUUCGAAUAUCAUAAUGUUCUGUCUAACUGGAACCGGUUGCGAGAUCGGCAGUAUUCGGUGACCGAUGCUCUUGAAGACGUUAACACCAGCCCCCAGUCCACUGAAGAAGUGGUGCAGUCCUUCCUGAUUUCUCAGAAUAUUGAGGGACCAAGUUGCUGAGGGAGGACCUCAGUUAACCAAUUAUCUUUUCCCAGAUUCCAGGGAAUUCAUACUGUGAAAUCAAAACCAUGUUGUUUUUGGGGGCUGGAAUUUGCAUUGAAACACUGGUCCAGUCCAUUGAAAGCCCUAUUUUGGGUAAUCCCUAUCUUGCAGAGUGUCCGUAGAAUAAGCAUAUAUUCAGUUAUAUUCAGCAUGUAUCGCAUGUAUAAGUAGUCUGGCCCACAUUCUCAACCUAGUAGAACAAACAACAGAAACCCCCCCCCCUUUUUUUUUUUUCUUUCUUUUUAAAAAAUAAUUCGUUUUACAGAAAGCCUGAAAGGAAAAAAAAAAAAAAGAACCCCUAAAUAAAACUAUUUAAGAGUUUAAAAGAGUUGUAUUCUUAUUACGUAAGGAUGAUCUUAACAACUUUUUAACAUAAAAUUCUUCCAUGUGGAGAUAUUCAAUACUGUACUGUAAAGAAAUUUUAUGGGGAAAAUCUUUAUUUGCAGUAUAGAAAAGUUAAUACAAGUACUAAUAAAAGAGGGACAUCCUGACUUUAUGUUUGGCCACCUUUCCCAGAGAAGUGGAUACAACCACUCUAGAACUAUAUUAUAAGAGAAGGACUGUCAGAUUCUUCUGAACUGGACCAGUGUUGAUCUGUAAGUAAUAGAAAAUAUGAUAGACCAGCGGUUUUAACUCAUUUUUUUUGUUUGUUUGUUUGUUUGUUUUUGGUACAACAAUGCAAGAUGCUCUAACAAUGUUUGCUAACAGGACCAGGAGGAUCUAAAAAGGACCAGCCUAAAGGACCUGGUUAUUUGGACCAGAGGCUUUAGAUUAUUAUUUUAGCCCCUGCAUAUACUUUUAUCAAUAGAAUGAUUUCAUUUAGCUCUAUAAGGGAAAAUGAUAAUGCACAAACUACAUUCAUAUAAUAGAUACCGAACUAGGGAAAUUUGGUAAUUUUAAUGACACAUCUUUAGUCAAGGUACAUAGAUGGCAAUGCCAUAAGCAAGUCUAUAAUGCCUGCUGCAACUACCACCAUUAUUUAAAAUUUACUCUAAUAAUCAACACAAUAAACAAAUAUAUUGGCUAAGAGUCGUGAAAUAGCUCAUGUCUAGGUGGAAAUUUUAGGUUACUAUGUUAUCUAUGGGGAUAAUGGAAAAUGAAUGCCCAUAAAUAUGUCUUCUAAGAAAUUCCUUUAUUUUUAUGGUAUAUAAAACAGCAUCAUUUUAUCUGAAACCCAGUAGUCAAAUGGAGAGAUCCCCUAAUGAUAGUUGUAUUUCACCAAUUUGUCUUUCCAUUUAUUGGGUUCUAAUUUUCUUUUUCAUCUUUUUGUUCUUCUUGUUCUUAUUUUUUAAAGUAAGUCAGUUGGGUUAUUUAAUGUUGAGGUAAUGUUCAAAUUUGAGAAGUUAUGACAUGUAGCAAACCAAGAAACAAAGGUCUUUUGCUAUUACCUCAAUUCUUAUUAUAGUGGCCCAUCUGGUGCCUCUACAGUUAAGAAUCUGGGUUUCUCCCCUAUUUUCAGGGGUUCAUGACUUGGCUAAUGCUUGGAGUAGUCUGUGUGUGAGUGAGUGUGUAUUGAAUUUUGGUUUUUCUCUUAACAUGCAUGUUGGGUGAGAGGGGAAAUAAACCUAAAUUCACAUAGAGUACAGAAAAACUAAUUGGUGAUUUAAUUUUAAAUAUUUUUUUUAACUUCCCAACUUUAACCUUGUUUGAAACCGCUAUUUGCAUUUUUGUUAGUUAUGAGCCAGUGCAUUUAAAUUAUUCAGAGGUAUACCUGAAGACAUAAGCAAGCCCAGAUCCCUAAGAUGAUAAUUUUGUGAUUUAGAAAUCUGGAUUUUUUUUUCCUCAAAUUAUUCUCUUUAAAUUCUGGAAAGAAUAAAUUGGCAUGCCUGCAGUUUAUGAAUCUGGUCCCCCUCCCAGUUAAUUGCAGUCUGAUGCCAAGAGUCACCCUUUAUUAAUUACUAAAUAGUCUGUAUGACCAAGGACUAACAUUUUAAGUUACUCAGCUCUAUCCUCAUGGACCUAUAUAUUUAAUACCUCCAAAGAUAUUUUCAGGAUAGGCUUUGUAUACUUUUAUUGGUUAUUAGAGUCCUAUGGUAUAUUUCUGGUAUAGGAAUGUUGUGGUAAAUUGUUUUUCAAUAAAUAUUUUGAAACUUAUGUUUCCACAAGAAGUUUCUUUUUUUUAAUCUUUUUUAUCUUUUUUUGUUUUGUUUUUUCUUUUUUUCUUUUUGUUUUUUGUUUUUUUUGGGGGGGGGGCAGGGGGGUUUGUGCACAUACAACAUUUCCUAGGAUAAAAUCAAGCAAAAGACUUUAAAGCCUUAUCUUCCCUAACUCAGUUUGAAUUCAACUUAGCUCACACUCAGUGAUAAAGUGAUACAAUAUUUAGAAGACUUGGAUCACAGGGUGAUAAUGUCAACUGGCAGCCAGUGUCAUCUCCUACCCCAUGUUGUUAUUGGCAGUUUUUCCUUUUAAGUAUAGGAUUUAUCCCUUUAGUAAAGAUGUUGAGAGCAAAUUUGAGAAAUGAAUGCCACCAUGAUUUAUGACAUUAAGAAAUAAAACUAAAAGUAAUAAAAUUAUAUCCACAAUAACUAAAUUUUUUUACAUAUUAUGGGGUCCAGUGUAAGGAAGCCUUGGCCAACUUAAAUAUUUUUCUGGAAGCUUAAUGAAGUAAUGUUAAAUAAGGGCCUUUGGUCUCAUCAUUACCUGAGUUCUACCCAAAAAGAUUGGUGCUAUUCAAAUUGAGGGCAUCAGGGAGCUCUCACACACAUGCCAUACAGGUGGUCACUCACUUUCAACUUCAGUUUAAUAGAGCCUAUUCAGUUUUUUAGAGCAUAAUAUUUAUGGGUCCCCAAAAUGGACUUUGCCCAAAGAAUAAGGACCUUUACUACUAUCGAAUCUGUUCUUUAGUUAAGAAUGCACUCUCUAUUGCUUUGUAGUAACCCCUGCCCAAAUAUUGUUGCAUUUCGAAAACAAAGGAUUUAACAAGAGACCUUUGUUCAUAACCUGUAGGAUUUCACAAUCUUGCAAAAAUUAAGUACAGAAAGCCACAUUUAGUGGUGCAUGCCUAUAGUCCCAGCUAUUUGGGAGGCUGGGGUGGGUGGGAGGAUCACUUGAGCUCACAAGUUCCAGGCCACCAUGGGCAACACAGCAAAACCCCCAUUUUUAAGUACAAUGGCUGCAAUCUUAGAAAUAAUCAGAAUGCCAUUUGGCUUCUCUUUAUAGUGCAGACGGAAAGCUGAUCGGUAAACAUGCCUAAAACAUGAUUGAAGCUUUUGGCCAAAACUUUACAAACUUAAAAACAAUGAUUUGCUAACAGCAGGCAUUGUUAAUUAGCACUUAUUUUUAUGUUUUCCCCAGGAUUUGUAGCCUUUUUGUUUCCAGACUUCUUUUUCUGAAUGGCAAAGUUAUUACUGGAAAAAUACUUUAAAGAAUUUUGUUUUAAGAAUUUUAUUUUUGCUUUAAAAAUUAAUCCAUAUUUCACCUCUUGACUUUGGAGGACUUCAAGUUACCAAGACUUUUUUUUUUAAAUAUGAUAUUUGGAUUAAAUUCCAAUUUGAACACUUGUAAUUCUUUUGUCCACGAAUCUCAGGAAUGUUUUAGGUGGAAAGCUGGUUUUACCCUGUUGAUCUGAAGGAGUGUGCUUUAGGACUUAUUAAAUAAUACUAUUCUUAAUUGCAAUCCUAGGUAUCUAUAGCAUGAGUGGCCUUAGUGAGUUUGUUGAAGUGCACAUGUUUUUCAAAAGUAAAAUUUAAGAUUAAAUAUAUAUAUGCUAUAUAUAGAUAUCUAGAAAACUUGGUUUGUGGUGCACAGUUAAGUGUUGGAUCAUUAAAUAACCGUUGCAGGUACCAUUUGUGUAACAUCACUCAUUUCUGUAUAUUCCUUUUAUGGAAAGAUAUGUUGCCAUGGUAACUAAAACUUUUCAGUUUAGUUUUAUGAUGUGAGUGAAUGCUACAUUUUAUUAAAUAUUACCAGGUCAGUACUAUUUUUAUACUUUAUUAAGCAACAGGGGAUUUUAGUUUAAUAGCCUCAAAAUAAAAAGCUCUUAACGAACAAUAAAAACAAAUCACUAACAUUCUUUACAUGAAAGUCCCCACUACUAGUGCCACAGUAAUUUCUAUAGAAAUAACUAAGUUUAAUAGAUUUUUGAAGACAGUUCAUUGUGUCAGAAUGACCUUUCGUAUCAUUCUCACUGACUUGUAGUGCCCACCAUUAUUUGUAAUUAUUAAAUCAUACUAAGUAUGUUUGUAACCAGCAUUGUGAUAUAUUCUGUACUUGUAUUGCUAAAAACGAAUUAUUGACCUAAUAAAUAUAGUGUUCCUGCAUUCAUA